AUGAAACGUAUUGCUGGUCGAGAUCAUCCUCAGAUCUUAACCGAUGCUCAAGGUACUUCAAUGAAUGUUGAUAAACGUUCUUUAACAACUAUUAUUGAUGCACAAUCUGGUCAAUUAGAUCAUCCUGUUAAAAGUAAUAUAAAUCAAGAAAAUGAAAAACAAACUACUAGUACAAGUUUAUUAGAUAAAGUUUCAUCUGUUUUAAGUCCUUUAACAUCAAAUAAUGAUGUAUCACCAACAUUAACAUCUGUUAAUGGUUAUCGUCUUGGUGAUGUUUCUCAUUGUCUUAAUAUUAAUGGUUAUCCUGUUGUAUCUGAUGGUAUAUUAUUUGAAAAACAACAAACAUUUAAUCGUUCGAAAAUUGUUGAACGUGCAGUACAUGCAUGUGGUAGUGGUGCAUUUGGUUAUUUUGAAGUUACACGUGAUGUUUCAUCAUUAUGUAAAGCUGAUUUUUUAUCAAAAAUUGGUAAAAUAACUCCAGUUAUGGUACGAUUUUCAACAACAACAUAUGGACGAGAAUUUCCUGAUUCAGCACGUAAUCCACGUGGUAUUGCUAUGAAAUUUUAUACUGAUGAAGGAAAUUAUGAUAUAUUAUCUGUAAAUUUUCCGGUAUUUUUUGUACGUGAUCCAACACAAGGACCUGAUGUUAUACGAUCACAACAACGUAAUCCAAAUAAUUUUCGUGCUAAUUGGAGUGCAACAUUUGAUUUUAUGUCACUUGUACCUGAAAGUAUGUUAGCUAAUACUUGGUUUUGGUCCGACCAUGGAACACCUGUUGGUUGGCGUCAUAUGGAUGCAUAUCCAUGUCAUACAUUUAAAUGGAUUAAUUCACAAAAUCAAUAUGUUUAUAUACGUUAUAAAUUUAGUUGUUUAGCAGGUAUAAAAAAUUUUUCUGAUGCUGAAGCAACACGUAUGUGUGGCGAAGAUCCAGAUUAUGCUAAACGUGAUCUUUGGCAACAUUUGGAUAAUGGUGGCAAAUGUGAAUUUACAUGUCAAAUUCAAAUGAUGAAUGAAAGUGAAAGUAAAAAAGUACCUGAUUUUGAUCCUUUUGAUGCAACAAAAAUUUGGCCAGAAGAUCGAUAUCCAUUUAUGGAAUUUGGACGUUUAGUUUUAGAUCGAAAUCCAGAAAAUUAUCAUCGAGAUGUUGAACAAGUUGCUUUUUCACCUGGUAGUUUAGUACCCGGUAUUGAACCAGGACCUGAUGCUCUACUAUUAUUUCGUUGUUUUCUUUAUCGAGAUGCACAAUUAUAUCGUUUAGGUGUUAAUUUUCAUCAAAUUCCAGUUAAUUGUCCUUUUAUGACUCGUCAAUAUCAUCCAUUAGUUCGAGAUGGACGAAUAAGAUGUGAUGCAAAUGGUGGUGUUGAAUCAAAUAUUUAUCCUAAUUCAUUUACUCAACCACCACGUGCUCGACCUGAUUUAACAUGUAAUGAAAUACCUCAACCAUUACAAGGAUAUUUAGCUCGAAAAUCUCAUUCACGUCAUGAAAAUGAACUUCCAAUUGAUACAGAAUAUGCACAAGCACGUCAAUUUUAUUUAAAUGGUUUAAAUAGUGAUGAACGUGCUCAUCUUCAUUAUAAUAUAGCUAAAGCAUUUCGAUCUGUAACAAGAUUAGAUAUAAAACUUCGUUUUCUUGUUGCAUGUUAUAAAGUUCAUCCUGAAUAUGCUCGUGGUAUUUUAAAAUUAUAUGAUGAAAUAACAUUUGAUCAAGUCGAACAAGCUGCUAGAAAACUUCAAGAUAAACAUACUGUUGAUCGUACUAAUUGUUAUGAGCCAUAUGAUCUCAAUCAAAGCUAA